CCAAGCAGCAGCUCACUCACACACGGAGAUUGGAGUUCACUCAGCGCGAGUACUGCGUAAGGGCUGCUUCUUCGAGACACUUCUUCGUUAACCUGCUUUGAAAACAUCCUCCAGAAACUGACACCAUGGGCGUGGAAGGCUGCACGAAAUGCAUCAAAUACAUGCUCUUCUUCUUCAAUUUCAUCUUUUGGCUGGCUGGUUGUGUGAUCUUGGGAGUUUCUCUCUGGCUUCGUCAUGACAACAAAACUAGCAGUCUUCUGGAACUGAAGUAUGAGGGCACAGAAGCACCCAGCACCUUCUACAUUAGUAUCUACAUCCUGAUUGCUGUCGGUGCUGUGAUGAUGUUUGUUGGAUUCCUUGGUUGCUAUGGAGCCAUACAGGAAUCCCAGUGUCUUCUCGGAACAUUCUUUGCCUGCCUGGUCAUUCUGUUUGCCUGUGAGGUUGCUGCUGGAAUCUGGGGUUUCAUGCACAAAGACACGAUCUCCAAAGAGGUGAUCUCUUUCUAUGACUCUGUGUUUGACAAAAGCUUAAUAGCAACCGAGGAGAAAAAGCCGGCUGCCGUUGCUGUCUUGAAGGUCUUUCAUGAGACUCUUAACUGCUGUGGCAAAGGAGGCAUGUUUUCAUUAAUUAAUCAAUGGUUUACAGACACCUGUCCUAAAGACUAUUCUGCCGUAAACUGUCACACCAAGAUCAACGAGCUUUUCUCUGAGAAGAUCUAUUUGAUUGGUUUCGCUGCCUUGGUUGUCGCUGUUAUCAUGAUCUUCGAGAUGAUCUUCAGCAUGGUGCUUUGCUGCAGCAUCAGGAACAGCCCUGUUUACUGAAACAGAAGGGCAAGGUUUUACCUUUAAAACAUCAGCCAAAAAAAAAACUUUUUUUUUGUUUUAUAUCUACCAUCUUCUAUUUUGUUUUGUAUCUACCAUUGUUUCCUAAUGUAGUCACCCUGCCUAGGUCCCGAUGUCUCAGAACAAUUUUUGUGCUUUUUUUUUUCUUUUCUUUUUUUUUUUUUUUUGUUCAAAUGUUGCAGUGGAACCACCAACAACUAGUCUGCUAUUGUUUAUGCUGUAGUUGGAAAAGACUAGUUGUGAUCUGUGGCUAUAGCAGUAGACUUAGCAGUAAACACAGUACAUUAUCACAUGAAGAAUUGAUACAUUUAUUUGCCUGUAGUUUUUUUGCGUUAACUUUGGAAGUACUGCUAUUGCUAUCAGUUAAUAUCAUUCUUUACGUUUGUACAUGUAUAAACUGUAUAUAUUUGCAGCCCUGUAUGGCUCUUAAGCAUGAAUCUUGUAUUGAACACUCCUGUCUAUCUUCUUCUCUGAGACUGCUGUUUGUAUGUUCACGGUUCUUCCUGAGAAACCACUAAAUAAACAGUGUUAGCUAGGU